GAGGGUUACCGAGUAGCUGGAUGUCUUUGCGUCGUCCGUUGCCUUUGUGGUUAACGGCACGCCUGUCCUCUGCUUGGUCCUCACUGGUGAUCUCUCCCCGGGGCAGAUAACAUCCCCGAGGACCUCAGGGACCCGUUCUACGUCGACCAGUACGAGCAGGAGCACAUCAAACCUCCCGUCAUCAAGCUCCUGCUGUCCAGCGAGCUGUACCGCCGCGUCUGCAGCCUCAUCCUGAAGGGGGACCAGGCGGCCACCCUGCAGGGACACCAGUCCGUCAUCCAGGCCCUGUCCCGGAAAGGGAUUUACGUGAUGGAGAGCGAUGACACCCCUGUGACGGACCCUGACCUCAGCCAUGCGCCCAUAAAGAUGAGCGCCCACAUGGCGAUGGUGGACGCCCUCAUGAUGGCCUACACCGUGGAGAUGAUCAGCAUCGAGAAGGUGGUAGCCAGUGUCAAGCGCUUCUCCACGUUCAGUGCCUCCAAAGAGCUUCCGUACGACCUGGAGGACGCCAUGGUGUUCUGGAUCAACAAGGUAAAUCUUAAAAUGAGAGAGAUAACAGAGAAAGAAGUUAAGUUAAAACAGCAGUUACUGGAAAGUCCAGCUCAUCAAAAGGUGCGCUAUCGCCGAGAGCACCUGUCCGCCAGGCAGCCGCCCUACUUCCCGUUGCUGGAGGACCUGCUGAGGGAUGGCAGUGAUGGGGCCGCCCUACUGGCCGUGGUCCACUACUACUGCCCAGAGCAGAUGAAGCUGGAUGAUAUAUGCUUGAAGGAGGUAACAUCGAUGGCUGACAGUCUGUAUAAUAUUCGGCUUCUGAGAGAAUUCUCAAAUGAAUAUCUUAACAGAUGCUUUUAUCUCACGCUAGAAGAUAUGCUGUAUGCCCCCUUAGUGCUGAAGCCAAACGUCAUGGUUUUCAUUGCCGAGCUCUUCUGGUGGUUUGAGAACGUCAAACCAGACUUUGUUCAGCCCAGGGAUGUCCAAGAGCUGAAAGACGCUAAAGCGGUGUCACACCAGAAGAGCAGCCGGCCUCCUGUCCCCAUCUCCAACGCCACCAAACGGAGCUUCCUGGGCAGCCCUGCGGCGGCGAGCCCGGCCGACCUCCAGCCCUCCGCCCAGCUGCAGGCCGAGGGCCACAGACACCACCUGCACCUCGAGGAGCCCGAGCACCUGGGGAAAGGGGCUUCUGCCUUUAGCCCAUCGCAUCCUUUGUUGCCCCUGAGACAGAAACAGCAAAAGACUGUGCAGGGAGAGGACCCCCCCGAUCAGCGACACCGAUCUAAUUCUUUAACCCGAGUCGAUGGUCAGCCCCGAGGUACAGCGGUAGCGUGGAUGGAAAAAAAACACAGGCCCGUGUCUCAGCCGGCGCCCUUCGCUCUCCAUCACGCAGCGAGCUGCGACAUGGACCCUGGCUCUGGCGACAGCGUCAGCCUGGCGCGCUCCAUCAGCAAGGACAGCUUGGCAUCCAAUAUUGUUCAUCUGACCCCGCAGAACCAGCCACACCCCGCAGGCACCAAGGCUGAUGGGAAGGGCCUGUUGAACAAUGUGGACAUCGAGGACGAGGAUGAGGAACUUGUAGCCAUCAUUAGGACGGAUGUCACCCACCAGAGUGGUGACCCAGGCCUGACGGCAAGUGCCAGGUCUCCCCAGCGGCAGGCGGACCCCUUAGAGAGCAAGCCUGACAGUUUCUUCCUGGAGCCGUUGAUGCCGGCCGUGCUCAGGCCGGCCAAGGAGAAGCAGGCGAUCACCAAGGAGGAUGAGUGCGGGGAGGGGCGGCCAAGGGGCUUCUCGUCCCGCAGGCCCGGCGAGGGCCACCAGCCUCUGGUGCGGAAGAAGGUGCCCGGCUGUCACGUCAGCCGUGACUUGAACAGGACUUUCACCCCGAUCUCCUGUUCAGAACUUCCUGUGGGCUUCGACCCCGCACCCACUGAGGCAGGGCCCAGGUGGCGGGGGGAGGCCCACGGCGGGCCCCUGUCCAGCAGCGGUUUCGAUCCAACAUCUCAGGGACAGUCUGCCGAUGGCUUCUUUCUUCACGUAGCCAGAGCUGAUGAGGACUCGGAGGGCAGGUUCUAUGUGGGCUGCACACGGAGCCCUGGUGCCCACGGCCCAGAGCCCUGGCGCGUCCCAAGGCAGGACUCAGACUCCGACCUGGCUGACCUGGAUGAGGCCGAGCAGGACUUCGCUGGCGAGGACCACCCCCUGGGGACAGCUCUGCACGGCGGCGAGGAGGAGUCAGCGAAGCUGCAGGAGGACAUGAAGGUGAAGGAGCACGAAGACAAGGAUGACGCCAGUGGCCGCUCCAGCCCGUGCUUGAGCACUGUCUCCCAGGUCAGCAGCGUCUCCAUGGCCAGCGGGAGCGUGAAGAUGACCAGCUUCGCCGAGAGGAAGCUGCAGAGGCUCAACAGCUGUGAAACCAAGUCGAGCACUAGCAGCUCCCAGAAGACCACGCCCGAUGCCUCAGAGAGCUGCCCGGCUCCCCUGACGACGUGGAAGCAGAGGCGGGAGCAGAGCCCGAGCAGGCAGAGCAGGGACCACGCCAGCCUCCUGGCCUCUGAGCUGGUGCAGCUGCACAUGCAGCUGGAGGAGAAGCGCAGGGCCAUCGAGGCGCAGAAGAGGAAGAUGGAGGCGCUGUCUGCACGGCAGCGCCUGACGCUGGGGAAGGCGGCCUUCCUGCAUGUGGUCAAGAAGGGCAGGCCCGACGUGGCCCCGCAGCCACUCAAAGCAGAAGCUUUGGCUGGAGAGUAUUCACAGCACAACGGGGACGAUUUCACCAGCGGUGGGUCCAGGACGGAGGACCUCCUUGUCGAGGAGGGGAGGGCGGGCCUCCUGGAGCCACAGGACCUGAGCACAGAGGCUCUCAUCCAGCAGCACAGCCCGAAGGACCCCGCCAUCCUGCAUGAGCUGGAGAGGAGCACAGCGCUGUCCGCGGCCCUCCUGGAGGGCGGCGCCGGUGAUGGGGUGGGCACGGGCGAGUGCGAGCUCUCCAUCGAGAAGCUCAGCGAGACCAUCAGCGCGCUCCAGCAGGCCAUCCUCCGCAUCUCCCAGCAGCAGGAGCAGCUGCUCAUGGAGCCCCCCACUGCACCCGCCCCCGCCCAAAACGGCUCCCAGGACCCGAAGGUCAAGGCGCCCAUCCACUUCAUUGAGCCGCUGUCUCCAACGGGAACAGCUGGUCACCGCAAGCCCCUGCGGCUCGGCCAGGGUCGGAAUUCCCGCUCGGGGAGGCCAGCUGAGCUGAAGGUUCCGAAAGAGCGACCUCAAGGUUCCUCCCGAAGCAAGACCCCCACGCCCAGUGUUGAGACCCUCCCGCACCUACGGCCCUUCCCUCCGCGGACACCCUCCGACCCGAGCUGGGACGGCAUCACUGACCCUGGAAGGGAUGCCCACGAGAAGGGCUUCCUGGACAGUUACAGGCUUCAUGAUGAGAACAACCAGAGGGCGCCCAGGGACGCGAACAUCAUAUCGGAGCAGGGGGGCUUCAAGGAGGCGCUGGAGGGCGUGAAGGAGGCAGGGCUCAGCGCCCUCAGCAUCUCGGUGAAGGAGAGUAUGGCCCUGGAUGAGCCCCCGCGGAGCAAGGUGAGCCUCAUCGAGGUGGACCUCUCCGACCUGAAGGCCCCUGAUGAGGACGAGGAGACGGGGGGCCAAGAGAGUGCCGUAGACCUUGGUAGCGAUGGCGACCAGAAGCCGGGUGUCGGCUUCUUCUUCAAGGAUGAGCAGAAGGCAGAUGACGAGCUCGCCAAGAAGCGGGCGGCCUUCCUCCUGAAGCAGCAGCGCAAGGCCGAGGAGGCGCGCAUGCGGAGGCAGCAGCUGGAGGCUGAGGUGGAGCUCAAGCGGGACGAGGCCCGGCGUAAGGCGGAGGAAGACCGGAUCCGCAAGGAGGAGGAGAAGGCGCGGCGGGAGCUCAUCAAGCAGGAGUACCUGCGGCGGAAGCAGCAGCAGGUCCUGGAGGAGCAGGGCCUGGGCAGACCCAAGGCCAGACCCAAGAAGCCGCGGCCGAAGUCCGUCCACCGCGAGGAGCCGAACAGUGACUCGGGACCCAAGAGCGCCUCCACCCCUGAUAACCUGAGCCGGGCCCAGUCGGGCUCCAGCCUGUCCUUGGCCUCUGCGGCGACCACAGAGCCCGAGAGUGUACAUUCGGGGGGCACACCCGCCCAGCGAGUGGAGUCCCUGGAAGCCUUGCCCAUCCUGAGCCGCAACCCCAGCAGGAGCACGGACAGAGACUGGGAGACGGCGUCCGCAGCGUCCUCCCUCGCCUCGGUGGCCGAGUACACAGGUCCCAAGCUCUUUAAGGAGCCCAGCAGCAAGUCGAACAAGUCGAUUAUUCAUAACGCCGUGUCCCACUGCUGUCUGGCGGGGAAAGUGAACGAGCCUCACAAGAAUUCAGUGUUGGAGGAGCUGGAGAAGUGUGACGCCAAUCACUACAUCAUACUGUUUCGCGACGCUGGCUGCCAGUUCAGGGCACUUUAUUGCUACUAUCCCGACACUGAAGAAAUCUACAAACUAACUGGCACGGGGCCAAAGAGUAUCACCAAGAAAAUGAUCGACAAACUGUAUAAAUACAGCUCAGACCGAAAACAGUUUAACCUGAUCCCGGCCAAAACCAUGUCCGUCAGUGUGGACGCGCUCACCAUCCACAACCACUUGUGGCAGCCCAGGCGGCCCUCGGUGCCAAAGAAGACCCAGCCUCGUAAAUGACCCUGUGCGGGCGGGGGUCUGCGGCAUGCCGGCCGGGCCCGCAUUUAUUAUUUUCAUCCUUUUGGGUACGAAGUGUGCAGAAUCACAGACCUUUUACAAGAGGCUUCUGGUCAACAGAAGAAAGCCCUCCCUGGGCUCCCAGCACGCAGGCUGGCGGGUGCAGCGGGAGCGGGGAGGCGGCGCGUCCCCCGCGGCUCGGCCGCCGUGGGCCCCCCUCACACAAGGCUUCGGACGAGGGCCGGCGUGUGUGGAGCUGCGGGCAGCGGGCUCCUUUUACUUGAAGUUCUCCUGCAGCAUCAGUGGGACAUAAUUUGCUUUGCUUCCUCGCCGGUCACCUCGCCCCCUUUGCACAUGACCCAACCCCCUCGUUGGCCAGCUGUCAUCUCGUGCGAUUAUAGGACUGAGGCUCGCUCUCAGGUCAGGGUGUUCGAAUGUCUUUAGGAAAGGAAUUUGAUUUGGGGAAAUCUUUUCCAUUUGAGAAAUUGUAUCAUAUUUAUUGAUUAUGUCUACUGCCAACGUUUAUAUCCAAUUCUAAGAUUUCUGAAAAAAAUUCUUGUUCCUUGCUGCUCAGAAAAAGUUUACUGAAAAUACCAGUUCACUAAAAGCACUGAAAUCUGCAAAGUCUGUCUUCUGCUAAAACGACGUUUACAAGGACGGAGGUGGCCUCGCUGACACGCAGUCGUGAGGACGUGGGCGUGCUCUCUGCUGGCGUCUGCCCGGUGGACGACAGGCGGGCUGAGCAGAUUACAGGCUCGUUCAUCCAGUUUCGGAUUGCGCUCGUGACUUGUUCACUUUAAUAAAGACAGAUUUUGGUAAAGUAGAAUAUUUUUCACUCUGAGCAUGUUUCUCUUAAAAGGUGAUGCACUUGAGCUGACAGUUCGUUUAGUGUCUUUAUUAUGUCGUCACUUGUCCUGUCUUGAUCCUUGCUUCCGGAAGAGCAGCGUGCCCGGAGUGGAGUGUGCGGCUCCUGCCUGAGACUGGUCACUUCGUUCUGCCACCUGCUUAGAAACAGUGGUUGUUUGCGGCCGUCUGCGAACGCCACAUAAGUGGGAUGCUCCGGGCUCCUCUGUGUUGCCCUGACGGUCGUUAGCGCUUCUCCAGACCAGAUGUCCCCUGGGACGGGGCCGCCGCCCUCCUGGCUGUGCGUGGCUGCCGCCACCCGGCAACUGACCAGCUGCUGUGAGUCUGGACUUGACCCGACCGCUGGAAGAUUCUGGAGCCGCUUAACGUUAGUUUUGCACAUGUUUUCUUGGGAGUGUUACUUGAAUCCAUCUCAGACUGCAGAAGCAGCUCAACAUCAGUAGAGAGAGAAAGUUAGUGAAGUAAACUGUUCGGAAGUUUUAGGUAGGUGAGGGGGAUGAGCUGUGUACACGAGGAAGGAGGGGCGCGGUGCAGGAGGGCCUGGGGGGUGGCGGGCUUCCCCCCUCGUGUGGGGGGGUGCCUGCCAUCGGCCCGCAGCUCCGCACUGUGAAUCCGGGCGGGGCUUCUGGUCCCCCAAGUGCAGAGUAUGGACCGGUCCUGAGUGAACGCUCCUGUUCCCACGCUGUUCACACGUGUGCUUUAUUUCUCACUGUAUGUUUGAUAUUAUAUUGUUAUAUUUAUUUUAAAGAAAGCACUAAACUGUAAUAAAGUAAUUAACUAAUA